CUCUUACUACUGUUAGUGUAGCAUUUUACAGGCUUGGAAACCCAUUAUUGCGUCGACCUUGGAGUCAAUUUUUAAAACUUCGUGUCAGGUAAGCGUGCCUCACUUCGUUUAUACGCCGUAUAUAAAACUGCGGAUAUCAGAUAGGAUAUGGUAUACGACGUGAUACGGGGGGAAUAUAUCCAGAGAGGGAUGUGGACAUGUGGUGGGAUAGUUUUUAUCAGACCUAUAUCAGCAGCAAUUCAUGGGAGGUCAAUUUACUUGGGCUGUUUCCAACGUAAAGCAGGAGGCAGGCGAAAAGCGCGACCCCUCGUUUCAACAAAACCCUUCUCAUCGGCCCUUCGCCCAUUUGCAGAUCCUCUCAGGAAAAUCAUGACAGAUUUGUUCAUUAUCAAACCUGUUGUCAGACUUCCACAAAGCCGUGAUAGUGUUUCCUUUCGAGACGAUAAAAAGGACGAUCAGCGAUCAUACCAUGGCGAUCGGCAAACUAGUGAAUCGAUGAAACCUGGCCAAUAUUCAACAACCUCUUUAGCGUCAGAUAAGACUUUGUAUAUCAGAGAUCUGUCACGCCGUGUAAGCUCACAGGAUGUUUUGGAUGUCUUGAAGAGCUGCGAUCCACAAAGUAUUCAACUAGAUCAGGCUGGAACUUUUAUUGCUGGAUAUGUCCGCUUUGCUAAAGACGAAGAUGCUGAAAAAGCACAUGCACUAUAUAAUGGAACAACCUUUGACGAUGGCUCACGUUUACACCUAUAUUUCACUGAUGACGACCAAGAGCCUGAACCAUCAGCCAUCGUACUUCAAGUCAAGAAUUUAGCGUCUGACGUGACAAGCAAUGACAUUUAUUGCCUAUUCCGCACAUUUGGUCCUUUAGGUUAUUGCACCGUCGUUUCGGAUGAGCCAAACGUAGACAUCCGGGAUUCAGCUUUAGUUCAAUUUUACGAACAAGAAGAUGCUGAUGUUGCUGCGUCAGAACUGCAUGGUAAAGAACACCACGGGAAGGCAUUGGCGAUACAUGCUAUGGUGCCAACUACGUUGCAAGCACCGGACCCAAUGAAUGACGACCUAAACAGUGGUGGUGUCUCGAAGGACUCUAUUAGUGCAUCAUCGGUGUACCCAUAUGCACCAAUGGAUCGCCAGAUAUCUCAUCCAAUAGUGGGACAGGAUGCAUUUUGCGAGGUUCCAACUAUCAACAUCGACUUUACGAACCUGUACAUCAAAAACCUGGACUUGAACAUCAAGAGCUCCGACUUAUUCAAUUUGUUUCGCAAAUUUGGUCGAAUAAUAUCUGCCCGGGUCAUGAAUAACGCCCAAACCGGCAUCUCCAAAGGGUUUGGAUUUGUUAGUUUCAGCAAAUCAGAGGAAGCAUUUAUGGCACUACAGGAAAUGAAUGGGAAGUUAGUGCUUUCCAAGCACAUUAUUGUCGCAUACCAUGAGCCCAAAAAACCACGUUCGGAGCGACCAACCAUCGUCCAUCCACCCACCACAAAUAUGAUUGGUGUUCCACCUACACUACCUCAUAAACUAAACCAAUACCCUAGUGCAAUGCCUAGUCCUAAUGUAUACGACCCCACAAUGCCCUACUCUAAUAAUGAUAUGUCAAGAGCGUACAUGCAACCAUAUGCUCCUCCUCCUCCACCACCACCAGGAGCUAUCUCACCAGCGCCGAUUGUCUUUAGGCAAGAAGACCAAAUACCGAUGCAGUUUCCCUCUCAACCAGGACAUAUGAUGAUGGGUUAUCAUCCCGCCAAUGGCUCAUACCCACCCAGUUACCCAUUCAAUGAUGACUAUGUUACAGGAAGUGUCAACCGAAUUGUCAAAAAGUAUUCCAACAACGCACUAAGGCAACAUCAGCCAAGUGAGGGUAGCAGUGAUACCAUGUCACUUCAAACAAUUGGUGCAGCGCUCCCCCCAUUGUCGGCCGCCCCACCACCGGCUUUAGCGACAGGUGACGGGCCGUCCCUGUCAUCACUUGCGUCCGGUGCAUCUGUGCAACUCCCCCCAAAAAUACCACUACCCAAACAAAAGACACUCCGACGUAAUUCUUUAGAAUCGGUGUCCUCUGUGAUGACAGAAUCAAGCUCUAAUGUACAGAAAGUACGGAUGGCGGAUGCAGUACGACGUGCAGGAGAAACAACUAACACAGAGGAUAUAGUGGAUAUGCUCUUGACACUGAAGCGAAAGGAAAGGUCGCUAUGCCUUUUUAACCCCGAUUUCCUCAAAGAGAAAAUCAAGCUAGCAAAAGAGGCUUUGGAAUUAUUUGUAGAUGAAUCAUCAAACAAUGAAAAGUCAUACCAGCCAGCUACAUCUCCACUUCCUACCGGACUGUCAAGGGAUCUUUCCCUUGAAAAAAAUAGCCACAACAACGACCAAUUCGAACGAUACUCCAACGAUCAAUAUCGAAGUGGUGGCUAUAACAUGCAUCUCCAUAAACCCCGAUCACAACAAAGCAGCACUUCUCCAAAGAGCACAGGUAACACCUCCAACGAGACUACUCGGUCCGAGAUAGAUAACUUUCUAGCUUCACUGCAAGGCUACUCUUUGUUUGAGAAAAAGCAGAAGCUUGGAGAUAGACUUUUCCCACUUGUCAAGGUAAAGCAAAUUUCACAAAAAGAAUGACAGGAAAAAUGAAUAGUGUAUCAUCGGCCGUCAUUCAAAAUCUCACGCGGCUAAUUUUGAAUAGGCAACUGGCACAAAGCAAGCACCAAAGAUAACAAUUCGACUGCUAGACACAAUCGAGCUGUAUGAACUGGCUCAUCUCAUGCAUGACAAGACGAAGCUCAAGACCAAAGUUGAUGAAGCCUUCGUAGUGAUUCAGCAGUAGACCGAAUCCUACUGAAGGGCUUUAUAAAAAAAAAGUUGGUGGACCAAAGGCUGUCACGAAUCGUCGUAUGCCAACGGAAGUAGUGGUACUCGAUCUAUUUGGUAUA